AUGUCUAACACAAGCUUGUUACAGAGUGAAUCGAAGGGUGAGAUACCGGAACUAUUUGCCACUAUCAGCAAAGUGAUCACACCUGAACUUGUGAAGAAGACUCAAGCCAUCUACCAGUUCAAUGCUAAAGGCAAAGAAGAAGGUGUUUGGCACAUAGAUCUAAAAAAUGGCGAUGGCACUUGUGGUCAGGGAGAGCCGAAGAAUCCCCUUGAUGCAACUUUAAGUAUGAACAGCACAAACUUUGCUGAAAUGUUUGCUGGAAUAUUAAAACCUACCACAGCAUUCAUGAUGGGUAAGCUAAAAAUAAACGGAGAUCUUCAAAAGGCUAUGAAGUUGGAGAAAAUGAUGAAUUCAUUAAAGACUAAGAUUUAA